AUGCGACCAGUGAACCAGGCGCUUCUCAAGCGACGUGCCGGCACGGAUGUCGAGAGCUUCCAAGAGAACUACAAAAGGCAUGGCCAUCUGGUGCUGCCGUGGUGCAUGGCGAAUUGUGUGUCGUAUUACGCACAGGUCCACAACCCUCGCUGGUUCUCGUCGGAGGUAGCUCAGAAACACCCAGACGUAAAUCUCCAGGAAUAUGAUGCCGCGGCGGAGAUGGUGUUUGAAGGGGAGCCUGGCUUUGCUGGACGGUACUACGAGAACGUCGUCCUGGCUGAUGAGAGACGGAUAUUGUUCAGCGAAGCAAGAGAGCACCUACGGCUCGUGGACCCGGGCAGCGUCGUUGGAGACCGCAUCGAGUUCAUUGUAGAUGGCAGGCCGACCGUGGCGUUUGGAGAGUGGAAGCGGCAUUGGGAGGACUGCGAGAAGGCGGCAGCAGGCUAA